CUAUAUCUUCAUUUCCUAAUCUACACAUGUGCAUGUUUCAUCAGACAGACUUCACAUUUGGAAACGAGGAAGAAAGAUCACCCAUUUAUUACUAUCUGAUUUUGGGUUUUCUUGGUUUCUGUUUGUUGGGUGUUUUUAGGUAACCAAACAGCGAUCAUCAUCAUGGGAAGAGGUAGGGUUCAGUUGAAGAGAAUAGAGAACAAGAUCAACCGUCAAGUCACUUUCUCCAAAAGGAGAGUUGGAUUGUUGAAGAAAGCUCAUGAGAUCUCUGUUCUUUGUGAUGCUGAAGUUGCUCUGAUUGUCUUCUCUCACAAAGGGAAGCUCUUUGAGUACGCCACUGAUUCAUGCAUGGAAAGGAUACUAGAACGCUAUGAGAGGCACUCCUAUGCAGAGAAACAGCACAUUGAUCCUGAUCCUAUAUCAUCGGGUAACUGGUCUCUGGAUUAUCACAAACUCAAGUGCAAAAUUGAAGUUUUGGAAAGGAACCAAAGGCACUAUCUGGGAGAAGAUUUGGAGUCGCUGAGUAGGAGAGAGAUCCAAAAUUUGGAGCAGCAGCUUGAAAAUGCCGUCAAACAGAUUAGAUCAAGAAAAAAUCAACUCGUGCAUGAGUCCAUCUCUGAGCUUCAAAGAAAGGAAAAGGCAAUAGAGGACCAGAACAACAUGCUUGCUAAGAAGAUCAGGGAGAAGGAGAAGACUAUGGCACAGCAAGCACAGUGGCGGCAGCAAAACCAGGGCCCCAAUACAUUAUCCUUCCUGCUGCCGCAGGCACCUCCUUCCAUAGAAAUUAGUGGUACAACUGCUUCUCAGCAGGAAGGAGAAGAAGCAGCAGCAGAUGAGAUGAGGCGUAACAGGCUUGAUCUCACUCUUGAACCUCUGUAUUCGUGCCAUCUUGGAUGCUUUGCUGCAUGAAUUCAAAAAAGAAAUAAAAACACUUGAUGUCUGACUACCUAUACUUAUUGUUUGUAAGUGUGACAUGAAGCUACAACUUAUGAGGGCAUCAGACUAAGUAAACACUACACUCUUCUCAGCCCUCUUCUCUAUGAUAUGACUCAGAUUCAUCAUAAUAUGGUGUUUGAAGAAUGUUGUGAAGUAGAUUCAUCAUAAUAUGGUACCUGAUAAAUGUUAUGCUAAAACUUAGUUAUCAGUUUGAUAAAUAACAUGUCUAUUUGUUA